ACAGAAUGUCAUCAGAUGAGGAGAAAUGCUCACCUCCAGUUUUGCACAAUGACUCCGAGCGAGGCAGUUCUGUCUCUUCAGAUCUUCAGACCUUCCUGUUGUGGAGUCUUUGGGAGCAGCAUCUUAGAACUAAAUGUCAGAAAAGCAGAGAAACUGCCGUGUCUUUUCCCACCUGCGAGGAACUGCCAAUUGAAAGAGGGCUCUUCUGUGUUGUAGAUGUUGAUCAGCUUCAGGAAACUGCUCUAGGAAGAGUAUGAAGAACUGCUUCGUUAUGCUAUAGUGACUCCAAAUAUUGAAUCAAGUGCUUCACAGCCGUCUCAUUCUAAGGGAGAAGUGGUGCCAGAUAUUAGAAUUCCUACUAUAAUUGAUGAUAUUCUUCAAAAUCCAGCAGGAAAUAGCCCUGCAGUAAGGGAAACGAGGAUGGAAGUUGGAAAAAGAUGUGAUUUAAAUAUUUCAAGUCAUUCAAAGACAGACGGGUCAUCACCAGUGUCGUCCCCAAGGAAGUCACCUCACCUGGUUAUGGACUUUUUCAGUUCGAAUCUUUUAGUUGACUCUUCCUCACCAAGGUCUAAUUCUAGUCCUGUAGAUGCCCAUGAAGUAGUUGGGACCGAUUUUCUUAUUUCUGAUGAAAACCUUCAAAAGAUUGAAAAUGUUCUUGAUCAUUGGAGUUCAGGUCUUAAGACAAACAUCAUAUCUGAACUAAGUAAAUGGAGACUUAAUUUUAUUGACUGGCACCGAAUGGAAAUGAAAAAAGAGAGAGAAAAGCAUGCAGCAGAUAUAAAACAACUGUGCAGCCAGAUCAACAGCUUGAAGGAGCUGCAAAAAACCUAUGAAGUCUCCAUUGGGAGAAAAGAUGAGGUGAUUUCUAGCUUGUCUCAUGCCAUAGGCAAGCAAAAGGAAAGGAUAGAGUUGAUGAGAACAUUCUUCCGCUGGCGAAUCAGCCAUGUCAAAUCCAGACAGGACGUUUAUGAAAGUAAACUAGCUGACCAGUACUUCCAGAGAACUUUACUGAAGAAAGUCUGGAGAGGCUGGCGGGCCAUAGUACAGAAGCAGUGGAAAGAAGUGGUGGAACGAGCUUGCCAAGCAAGAGCUGAGGAAGUCUGUGUCCAGAUUUCCAAUGACUAUGAAGCCAAAGUUGCUGUGUUAUCUGGAGCUUUGGAAAAUGCAAAAGCUGAGAUCCAAAGGAUGCAGCAUGAAAAAGAGCACUUUGAAGAUUCCAUGAAGAAAGCUUUCAUGAGGGGUGUAUGUGCAUUAAAUCUUGAAGCCAUGACUAUAUUUCAAAACAGAGGUGAUACAGGGACAGACUUCACAAAUAAUAAAAGGGAAGAGUAUGGUCCUGGUGUUCAAGGAAAAGAACAUUCUUCUCAUUUGGAUCCUUCAGCUCCUCCAAUGCCCUCAGCAAUUGCAGUGUCGCCAUCCCCGCCAGCGGCAGCCCUGGGAGCCACCUGCACGGCUGCCUUUCCCUCUGCUGCUUCCAUCACUCCCGCCGGGGCUGCUUCCACUUCCUCUGUUCACCUUCCUGUUUCUGCUCCUCAUGGCGCUGCAUCAACAGCUACAGCUUCCGCUACACAGGAAGAAAUGUAUGGGCCCAGGGUUGUGACAUCAGCACAACAGAAAGCUGGAAGAACAAUCACAGCCCGGAUCACAGGGAGAUGUGAUUUUGCUUCAAAAAAUAGAAUCAGUAGCAGUUUAGCUAUAAUGGGAGUUUCUCCUCCCAUGAGCUCCGUCGUUGUGGAAAAACAUCAUCCGGUCACAGUGCAAACCAUUCCGCAAGCUACUGCAGCAAAAUAUCCCCGGACCAUUCACCCUGAAAGUAGUACCUCAGCUUCCAGAUCUCUCGGAACCAGAUCAACUCACACCCAGUCUCUGACAAGCAUUCAGUCCAUAAAAGUGGUUGACUAAAAUCAAUAUGUUCCUAUUGAGGUCGUUGAAUUCUUCUGGUUUUACUAAGAAUUAGAAAUAUUUAGUUUUUAAAAUUUCAUAUUCUUAGAACAUCAUGGAUACAUCAUGUUCAUUUCCUCAAAAUUACAAGAGACUUUUUCAACCUGUACCAUCCUUUGUCUAACUAUAUGUAGGAUUAUUUUAAUGUGAUUUUUUAUUUAAGCAAUUAAGUAAAACUUUUUUAAAUUAAAAAAGAAACUAGCCUUAAUUUUUUUAAUAGGUUCAACCUGUGACCGAUUAUAGCAUCAAAGUAUAUAAAUCCUGUUUUUGCAGUGUUAUUUCCAAAAGGUUAAAUCAUUUGCAAUGUUACCAAGUAAACUUUGAGAGAGGACUUUACUAAAAAAAUUAUUUAAACUAAUAGAAACUAAGGUAUUUUUAUUUGAAAAUUUAAAAAAUAAAAGCCCAGAGUAAUAUCAAUCACAAAGUUUUUUUGUGACUUUAAUAUAUUAAUCCUCAUUUUUCUAGGGCUCUAACAAUUAAAACAUAGGGGGGGAAUAGCAAUACCUAUGAAUAAUUUUUAAUGUUAAAAGGGAAGAAAUAUUUUACUAGCACAAUAACAGAGUUACAGAAACAUCAAAAAGAAAUUUCCUCUUGGGACUUCCCUGGCGGUCCAGUGGUUAAGACUUCUUCCAAUGCAGGGGGUGUGGGUUCGAUCCCUGGUCGGGGAACUAAGAUCCCACACGCCUCGUGGCCAAAAAACCAAAACAGAAAACAGAAGCAAUAUUGUAACAAAUUCAAUAAAGACCUUAAAAAUGGUCCACAUCAAAAAAAAAAAAAUCUUAAAAAAAAAAAAAAGAAAUUUCCUGUUAGAAUGAUCCUAUUUCAAAUGUUCUUUCUUACCUUUUUGAAACUCUAUAGCAUUGAACCUUUUUUUGGUCUGAACAUCCAAACAUUGUCCUGUGAUGGUACAGCCCGGGACAAUUCAGCAAACCUUCCAGGCCUGGCAGAGACUUUUCAAUGCCUGGCCGAUAGGAAGAAACCAUCUGGGCAAACAGAUUUAGGAGAACAAGACCAGGCUUCUAAUGCUUUUAUUGCUGGCUGACUGGGUUAUCUAGGGCCAGACACGUAAAUUAAUCUCAGGGUCCUCAUCUGUGAAAUAAUGAGAUCUACCUCCCUACCUAUUUCCCAAAGUACUUAUGGCUCACAUAAAAAUGAGUGGAUUCUGAGGAACUUGUGAACAGCCUCAGUUUCCGUAUCUUUAACAGAAGUGGAUGGUUUCAGCCUCUUUCAGUCUGAACAUGACCUAGCCCUGUGCUCUAACUUUACUAUUGGAAAUAGUUUUUCUUAUUGCCUCAUGUUGUAAUAGGACAUGAGAGAAUAAAUGUGAGACUGGCAAAUAUCCCAUUUUCUAAAGGACACACCAAGGCUUUUUUGAACUACAAAAGUAUCUGGCUGUGUCUUAAAGAGUAUUAGAUCCUUCUUAUGCAGCGCUUCUUUUGGGUUGUGGCCAGCUACCACUGGUGGCAAACAGCUCCUCUUGGGUUUCAAUAAGCACAAAUCAACAGCACCUCAUCUCCUGCUGCCCGUACCAUGGGCAUGCUCCUUCCCAGAGCUUCCCUGUCCACUCAGUCGAGAUACCGGCAGGCUCCACUCAUAUGCAGCCUGGAAUUAACAUCCCGUUGGGGUAAACAGAUCAAUUCUUACUUUCUCCCCAUAUGAAUUGUCCUGAGAUGCACUAGUCCAUUCUUGAGGUCAAAUAAUCAGUUGUUCCUGAUACCAAGUGUUGGCCAAUUUGGUAAAUCACGCUGGUCGUGGCACUCCCUCCUUCGCCAUCUCACUUCUUUUUCCUUCACUCCUGCUUCCUUGGAUCUACACUCCUGAAAAAAGCAGUUGCUCAUAAACUUUGGUCUUGGGCUCUGCUUUUUAAGGAACUUACAUGACAACAGGGAAUGGUUUUCAGUAAGCAGCUUCCCUGGUGACGCAGUGGUUAAGAGUCCACCUGCCAAUGCAGGGGACACAGGUUCGAGCCCUGGUGUGGGAGGAUCCCACAUGCCACAGAGCAACUAAGCCUGUGCGCCACAACUGCUGAGCCUGGGCUCUAGAAGCCACCACAAUGAGAAGCCCGCACACCACAACAAAGAGAACAGCCCCCGCUCGCCGCAACUAGACAGAGCCCGUGCGCAGCAACGAAGACCCAAUGCAACCAAAAAUAAAUAAAU